AUAUGGGCACAUGCACAGCCUGAUAAAUAUCAGGCUGCCGCUGUGCAGAGAGACGCCAGUGCUUUUCCACUCGACUUUGUACGCACUCUCUAAGCACAGCUCCACACAAACCAUGACCGACUCAGCAUCGACACCUCCGAUGUGGGGUUUCACCGCUGGCUGGUUUACAUCCGCCUCUCUUUUCUUACUGCUCAAUCUGGUUAUCGGCACCAUUGUCCUCACUUCCCGUUUCAGCUCCAACAGAAGACACCAAGAGCAAGAGCAACUCCGACCGCUUGCUAGAGCCCCGUCCCUCUUAGAACGAGUCAAGUCGUUCGACUUAUCAUUCUACAACUACCUACCGCUUCACCCAGAAGCGACAGCCGACUCAGUACCCGACGCCGAACCAGAGUACAAACCUGGGGUUCAACUCGAACGAACCCCUUCCUUCUUAGAACGGAUGAAGUCCAUCAAGUUAUCCUCUUUCUACAGAUCAGAACCAGAAACUGAAUUCGCGGCUGAACCUGAGUCGGAGUCUCAUGACACGAGCCAGGGCCAUGCAACCGGUGUUGAAGUGGAGCAUCAGGUGAAGAGGAGUAAAUCGGAGCCAAGGGUAGGCGCAGAGAGGAGAGAGACAGAGAAGAUGAAGAAAUCAGCAAGCGAAAGAGAAGUGGCAGUAGAAGAGGACAGAGAGGACGUGGAAAGGAGGAGGCCUGCAACGACAAGGUUGGAAAAAACGGAGUCGUUUGGAGACGAAGCAGUUGACGCGAAAGCUGAUGACUUUAUCAACAGGUUUAAGCAGCAAUUGAAGUUGCAGAGGCUAGAUUCUCUGUUGCGUUACAGAGACAUGCUCAAAGGAAAGUAAAAUAAAUAAAAUAUCUUUAUCUUCUUUUUUCUUUGGCUAGUCUAAGUCUGUUUUGCUUUUGAUGGAAGGUUGAGCUUGAUAUGCUCUGUCUGUAAUUUAUAAGGCUUAAAUUAAUUUUCUUGCUUGGUCUAUGAGAAAAUGCAAGGUUAUUUUGGUAA